ACUCAUCUCUGGUUGUUGACAUCAGGUGACAUGGUAUAGGUUACUUUGCGAGGCUACACUUUCUUCAUUCGAAGAUGUAUUAAUAAGAAUUUGGGAAUGACUUCACGUAAUUCAGAAUCAAUUCGCAUGACCUUCUUGGUACGUAAUAGGUGGACAGAUAAUAAUUUAAUUUUCGAGAAGCUCCUAUCCGGACAAUGUGAAGCUAUUCUUAUUGAAUGAAAAUGAUGUCCCUCGAUAUAGAUUUAAAACAUGGAAACGUCCAAGGACUCGUCACAAAGAACCGGAGAACAACCACGAGCUGAAAGAAAAGGGACACGUGGUUCUAGACAUCGAGGAGUCGACAGUGUAACAAAGAAAUUUUUAAGGAACUUUGAUCCCGAGCGAAGCGAACGUGAGAAACGUAAAUUGAAUCGAAGGUUAUACCUAGGAGGAAAAAGACACCACGCAUACGACGAAAAAGGAAUUUUUACACAAACAGGAGAGAAUCUUUGCGAUUGCUUACAAAAGGAUUGUCCCGGAUGUCACUUUACUUGUCCAAAGUGUUCGUCUACUAAAUGUGGUCAUGAGUGCCGGAACAAUCGAAAGUGGGCUUACGAAUCUAUCGAAAACGAAGGCAGUGACAUUGUUACAAGGAACCCAGCUUUAAAGGAAGCAUAAUUCUGAAUUGCUGAACUGUUUCUUCUAAAUCGAUUAUUAAUUGAUUAAAGGAUUAAUAUAUCGAUUGACAUAGAUAUCCAUUUUCUUGUUAUCAUUAAUUGAUUCUAUCUCCUGAGUCUAAAAGAUAAUAUCAAUGAACCUAAAUGCAUUCAAAGUUUAUAAUUCAUACAUUAAAGUAAUUUUCGUUUUAACGCUUUGUAGACGGAGUAAUUUGAAACUGAAUAUUCCAUAGAGCCAAGUCAUUACAGCGAUAAUCGUUUGAAAUUCUCAGCUUGUUUCUCACUGCGAAUUAUAUCGCCUACAGCGUUCCAGAGUAUCACACAUGAGUACCUUCUAUUCUUAAAACACGUGCAGGAACGAAAUAAAACAAUAUUUAAAUACA